CUAAAGGAAAAGAAAACAAGGUUUUCCCUGUGUUUCCAUCGAGUCAAAAGAAAACUUGAAAAGGCUGUGGAAAACACUGCGUCUGCCUGGAGUUUCCGCAUCGAUAAUUUGUUAUUCUCAAAAGUUCCACUCAUUCGUGUUUCCAGCCAUUUCAGAUAAUUUGCUCUCGGUUUCUAUGAGGUGAUCGGUUGGCGAGGCCGAAGGCAUUAGAAAUCUACUAAAACUCAACAUGAACACGGGAAAGGUUUUCUAUUUCUUAAAUAAUAUUGUUAUGUAUCAGUAGUACAUUUGAAGACACGAAUGUUUCAUUUUCCUAAUAAAUUGUUGUCAUACUAGCCGAAUUAAUAUCUCAUACUAGGUUUGAACGCAAUUUUGAUUUAUUGUCUUUCAUGAUUUCAUUUCGCUUUGAAAAAACAUCUUUUCAAAGUGGAGCACAUGUACAUCGAAACUGUCUGUACUCCUGCUUUUCAUGGAGGAAGUUGUAAAUUGAAAUCAACUUAGCCUGUUCAUUAGUCUCGAUAGUACAUACAUCAGUAAGGGGAAUUUUUGUCUCCUUGUGAAUUUUGUGUCAUUGGCAGACGUGCUUCAUUUUCUGAUCAAGCUGCGAAAACAUCAGCUCCGAAUGACGAUUGUUUGUCUCCAUUACUGGGGUUUAAAAACUCAAAUUUUUUCACGGAAUGUACGGCUCAGCCAGCAGCUCAUUCAUACUUUUGCCAACCAGAACUUUAGCAAUUUUUGAAAGUCAAUAUCUUAUUCAAUAAUAAACCCCGAAAGCUAAGAGAGAUUCAACGUCUUCUCAGCUAAUUCUUCGCUAAUCUUUUUAUUUUGGCGGAAAUACCUCUGACCAUUAGAUGCCUAUUCCGCAGUCGUGGUUUUACUGUGACAUCCUAUGCAAAUAUGACGAAGCGAAAUAGCUUGAUAAAACUGUGCGAGAACGUUCAUAUCAAUUUACCCUCGGAAAGGUGUUAUGAUAGUUUUUUUUUUCCCUGUGAUUUGUAUUUGUUAUUCCUUACCUAACUUCUAAGUGAAAUAUUGAAUAACCAGUUCUUCGAUUUUGAGUCAAUGUUUAAUAGUGAAUGAUGUACGGCUUCUAUCGGGUUUUUGAACAAUAAAAUCAUAAGUAGAAGUGGGAAGAAGGCAGGUGUUCGGGAAGUGCUCUUUGCCGUUUUGCUCAGAAUACAUGUAAAAUUGUAUUGGCCUCCUGAUGGCUAGUCUGUGUUUUUUAAUUUUAAUUUUUUUUAUUUGGAAGUAUGUGAAGCCGCGGAAAAGUACAGUGAGUCAAAUGUCAGUUGUGUUGUGUGACGUAACUCUUCCACUCCGGCCUGACUAAUCUAUCAAUUACAAACAAGCUCAUUAAAAUAACAAACUUCGACAAUCAUUAUCUUCUCAGAUUACAUUGUCCUUAUUUCACUGUUAUUUAUAGCCACGCGUUUGAACCGUUUCAGAAUGGAACCAUUUGAACACGAGAAAGAUGUUUCUUUCAAAUCAAGAAAACGAAGGUCAGGCUCAAAGACAUUCCUGAUCAUUUUGUCUGUCUUAUCGCUUAUUUUACUGGUGAUUUCAAUCGUAUUUAUCACGCUGUACGCCUUGGAAAAGGGCAAGAAGACAUCUACACCUCAGAUCCCGAGAGAACAGAAGUAUUGUGGAUCAAAAGCAUGUUUUGAUACGGCAAAAGAUACCUUUAAGCUGCUAAACCAGAGCGCUGACCCUUGUAGUGAUUUUUACGAGUACGCCUGCGGUGGUUGGGAAGAUGAGAAUGCUUUGGAAACUGGGGAGACUUCCGUUACCGGUUUCUCGCUAGUCAGAGAAAAAAGCUACAACAUUCUGAAGAAUGCGCUGACAAAUGCAAACACAAAUUACUCAGAUAAUGAAGCUGUUAUAAAGACAGUGAAGUUUUUCAACGCCUGCAAUGACACAGUGGCUGUUGAGGCUAGAGGAGAUGAUCCGCUAAGGAAGUUGAUUGAUGAAAUGGGAGGAUGGAAUGUGACGGGUAACAUGAAGUCUUUAUCAUCCAUGGAUAUUACACAGAGGAUCGGCAAAGUGUCAAGAGAAUUAUUUAUCAAGCCAUUUAUAGACGUCAAAGUAUUUAUCGAUCCUCAUGAUUCUAACAAACAUAUUUUGCAGUUUGGACCAGGGGAACUUGGAAUGGUCAAGUCAUAUUACUCAAAGAAUACCUCGAACUAUCAGGUGGUUCGAAACGCUUAUAUGACGUACAUGAAGAAAGUCGCUAAGUAUCUUGGAGGUGGUCCUGACUCUGACGAACAGAUGAUCAAAGUCUUUGAAUUUGAAACCAAGUUGGCCAAGCUGGAAAAAAACCCGGAUGAAAGCUCCAUCAUAGAAACGCUAAAGAAAGAACUUCCUUCAGGAGUGGCGACCUUUGACCUGAGGACAACAUUGCAAAGAUUCAGCAGGGCUUCUAAAGUAGACCUAAACAAACUCGUUGCCUUGGUAAAUGCGGUUUUCGCCAAGCAAGGGCGUAAAUUCAAGAAAGAUGAGAAAGUCCUCGCAUAUCCCUCGCAGUAUUACAGCCGGCUUUUCAAUUUCUACGACAAUAUGACCAAGACGAACCCUGUGGUUGUUGUCAACUAUAUUAUGUGGACGGUGAUCCACAACUUCAUCAAAAUCAUGCCGCAGAAAUACAGGGAUGCCUACGACGAGUAUGUAGUGACCGUUAUUGGGAACAGGACAAGGCAACGUUGGGAAGAGUGUAUCGACAGAAUGCAGCCAGUCCUUGGCAUGCCCCUUGGCUUGCUGUUUGUGGAUAAGGCGUUUGACGAAGGAAGUAAAGAAAAGAUAACACAGAUGACUAGGCUGAUUAGAGAAGAGUUUAUCAAGACUGUAGACACACUGCCUUGGAUGUCUGAAGAGACAAAAGCCAAUGCAAUAGAGAAGGCUAACGCCAUCACCGAGGAUAUAGGUUAUCCAAGUUACAUCAAGAACCCUUCAAAGCUAGCUGCCAAAAUCAAAGGACUGAACGUGGGGAAUAAUCUCUUUGAAAAUGUAGUUAAUGCCAUGGCGUUUUCCGCUGACCUGUCGUACAGGUCCCUAGAUAAACCUGUCGAUAGAGACCAAUGGUUUCUAGGUCCUUCACAAGUGAAUGGCUACUACUCACCGAGGCAAAAUCGAAUCGUUUUUUUAGCGGCCAUUUUGCAGCCACCGUUUUACAAUCCACUCUAUCCAUAGUAAGUAUUACUGAGUGAGUAGUAUUGCUUAUUGUUGGUUGUUGUUAGAGAUGUGUUCUGUUAUGAUUGGGGACAGAUUGUUGAGUAGCUCUCUCGGUUGGGGUAUGUAGAAAACAAGAAUUGCUCAUUUACACUUUUGCCCCAUGGAACUAUUCCAAUCACGGGGAAUUUAGCAGAUACCUACGCCACUCGCGCGUCCAUUACGCGCACUUUAACGGCUUUCUUCUGAAAGUUUCCCACAGUUUUUAAAACUUAUGAAAAGCGCUAAAAACGUUUUUGCCCAAAAGAAGUCCUCGAAGACCAUUUUUAAUUUCGAAACUUGUUAUAGAUGCGAUUAAUUAGUAACCGGAUCUCGUGCCUUACUAUACAAUUCAGGGAGUAACCGUGCUCGUAAUUUCAAAUCGGCCUCACUCUCCACGCUCGUCCGAUUUUGAAAUUACACGCCGGCACGAUUUCUCUCUGAAUUUUACUCCACUCGGUCCAGUUACUAUUACUAAUCAAUAUGGAGAGUACUUUACUUUUCACUCUCAGAUAUUUUAACUAUGGCGGGAUCGGUAUGGUGAUUGGGCAUGAAAUAACACAUGGAUUCGACAAUGCUGGAAAGUUUUUUGACAAGGAUGGUAACGUAAAGAACUGGUGGUCUCCUGUGUCUCAGAAUGGAUUCCGUACUAGAGCAAGUUGCCUUGCAAAGCAGUAUUCAAAAUUCGAGGUCUACGAAAAAAAGAUAAACGGUAAUCAAACAAUUAACGAGAACAUCGCUGAUAAUGGAGGGAUCAAACUAGCAUUCAAUGCUUAUAAAACGUUGGUUGACAAAGAAGGCACUGAGGGCGCUCUCCCUGGCCUGGGUCUAAGCGAGGAACAAUUGUUCUUCGUCGGUUUUGCACGGGUAAGUAUUGUUUCUCAUUAUAAAAUGCAACAAUUUUUUUUUUUUAAACCGGAUAAGGGAAUAAGUGUCGGUUGAUGUGUGCAUAGGUUUGUUUAGAAUCGCAUCUGCUACAGAAGCUUACCAUUUGGUUAUUAAUUAACAAGUACGAAAUGUUCAACUUCCUGUCUGCGAUGAGAAUUGCAAU